AUGGGCCCCUGUACCGCCUCCUCAUGCUGCUGCCAGGCCCGUAAUCUGCCAUGGGCCCCCGUACCGACUCCUCAUGCUGCUGCCAGGCCCGUUAAUCUGUCAUGGGCCCCUGUACCGCCUCCUCAUGCUGCUGCCAGGUCCAGAGUGUGUCAUGGGUCCAUGUACGGCCUCCCAUUGCUGCUGUCUCCAUCGCCACACACUCUGCCAUGUGCCACUUUCAGGUCUCCUCACACUGCUGGUGCAUUCCAUUUUGUCAUAGGGUGCUGGCAGAUUACAGGCGCCUCCCAUUGCUGCUGCCAGGCCCGUAAUCUGCCAUGGGCCCCCGUACCGACUCUCAUGAUGCUGCUUCCAGGCCCAUAAUCUGUCAUGGGCCCCUGUACCGCCUCCUCAUGCUGCGUGCCAG